AUGUCGACACUGCAGCCAUCGGUAAACCGUGCUUUGGUCCUGCACCCCGGAGGCACCUUCACCCACUCCGAGCGCCGUAUCCCGACCAUCGAGUCCGAUCGGGAUGUUCUUGUCCGCGUGGUGGCCACCGGCCUAUGUGGCUCAGAUAUUCAUUACUGGCAGCAUGGAAAGCUCGGUGAGUACGAAGUCACCCAGCCCCUCAUUCUCGCCCAUGAGUCCUCGGGCGUGAUAGUAGCCACAGGUGGCAAUUUCCAAGGGCUGAAGAUCAACGACCGUGUUGCUUUGGAGCCUAGAAACCCCUGUAAUGUCUGCCCGUACUGUCGCAGUGGCCGUUACAAACUCUGCACGUCCAAUUCCCUCGAGAGCCAUUGCAUCAUGGAAAGCUCCUUCUGGUCUGAUACUUCCGUGUCCCAAAAUAAUUUAUUAGCUCCUACCUUUUCACGUAAUAUUAGUAACUCCUGCUUGAAGAUCACUACGUAA